CAGUUUUGUUGAUUUAUAAAUAGAAAUGUUAUAUUUAACGUUAACUUAGGAACACUAUUUAAGAGUUUAACUUAUUUUUUUACAUAUUUUGAUAAACUAAUGCACAAUAAUACUACUGUGAUUCGUAAUUAGUGACUGGAUACGUACGAGUGUUAUUAAAAUGAUCUGUGUUUGAAGAUUACCAUGAAUGUUUAAAGUGGGCGUGUAUGCUAAUUUGUGGUGCCGUUUGUUAACCGGAAAAAUCGCACAAAAUGAUAUCGAACGGACAAUUAAUUGGUGAUGGAUCGUGGAACUUACGAGUGUACGUUACCGACUUACAAACGGAACGUGUACUUCGGGUUAAAGGAGAUUUACAUGUUGGGGGUGUAAUGCUAAGGCUAGUUGAGGAAUUAGAAAUUUCGAUGGACUGGUCAGAUCACGCGCUAUGGUGGCCUAAUCGCAACGUUUGGCUAACGCGAACAAGAUCAACCCUCGAUCAGUGCGGAGUACAAGCUGACGCGCUGUUGCACUUUACCCCCAUGCACAAAGCUCUAAGAGUUCAACUUCCCGACUUGCGUUACCUUGACAUGAGGGUGGACUUUUCUAUUAAAACAUUUGCCGCCGUCGUCGGCGUUUGUAAGGAUUUGGGAGUUAGACAUCCUGAGGAACUGUCCUUUUGUAAGCCCUUAGAAUCGAAUUAUUUAAAAUAUAAUUACAAAGAAAAUUCAGAAAAGAAACGAAAAGAGAACGUUGCACAUAAGAAUGGCGCGGUUGCGCCGCCAGAUACGAAUACCUUUAUACCAAAUCAAAGUCCCCUCGGUAGUACGGGUAGUUUAGAUAAGACACCUCUUAUGUGUGCACCUGUAACUCCGCAAAAACCUCCAUCGUCGACACCACUAAACAGUCCUGGAAAUGUUACUAUAUGGAAUAAAUCGGACUACGACGCGAAUGGAAGCUACUCUCCAAAUUCAACUGCCAGUACCGACCAAAUGAAUGGCAGUGCUUAUAGCACUCUAGCGCAAAGUCCACCUUAUCCUAGUCCCGAAGCCAAGAAUCAUCUUAUACGACCGAAAACUUUGGUGGAAAAGGCGAGGAUGAAUGUGGCGUGGUUGGAUUCGUCACUCUCAAUUAUGGAGCAGGGGAUAAGAGAGCGAGACACGCUAUGCUUGCGAUUUAAGUUUUACUCUUUUUACGAUCUUAAUUCGAAAAUCGACGCGGUUCGUAUAAAUCAAAUCUACGAACAGGCGAGGUGGCAGUUGCUUAACGAAGAGAUCGAUUGCACUGAAGAAGAAAUGUUAAUGUUUGCUGCUUUACAGUUACAAGUCGCACUUCAAACUGGUCAACCACAACCAAAUUUCGACAAUGGCAAUUUAGUGUUUCCAAACGAAGAUGACAUCGAUGCGGCUCUAACGGACUUACAGACCACCUUGGAAGGUUCCACCAUCAACUCCCAGACCAACGACAUUACGCAAGUCCCAGAGUUGUACGACGAAUUACGAUUUUUGAAACCAAAACGCUUUACGCUGAAGGCGUUUAAAAAGUACUGGUUUACUUGUCGUGACCUGCACUUGUACCUGUAUAAAAGUAGAGAAGAGAUGAUUCAUCAUGGUAAUCCAGCACACUCCAUAAAUUUGAAAGGAUGCGAAGUUACUCCAGAUGUGAAUAUAAGCCAAAAUAAAUACGGAAUCAAAUUGGAGGUACCGAGUUCCGAAGGAAUGUCAGAAAUGUACAUUCGAUGCGACAAUGAAAAGCAGUAUGCCAAGUGGAUGGCCGCGUGUAGACUAGCUGCCAAAGGGCGAUCGUUAGCCGACAGCUCCUACAACACUGAGGUACAAACCAUUUUGGAUUUCAUCCAAAUGCAGAGGCCUAGUGAAACCGGUCCAGCAAUAAACCCCAAAUCGUUAGACAUUCAACCAGAAGAUUACAUUGCGCCGAGAUUUACUCGCAAAAUUAAAGGCCGGCUCGUCCAAAGAAUUCUGGAAGCUCACACCAAUGUAAAGGAAUUACCAUUAAUCGACGCAAAAUUAAACUACAUCAAGGCAUGGCAGUCCUUGCCCGAUUACGGAAUAUCGCUCUUUGUUGUACGAUUUAUGGGUCAGAAGAAAGAUGAACUGAUCGGCGUUGCACAUAACCGUCUCAUGAAAAUGGAUAUUAAUAAUGGUGACCAUCUAAAAACGUGGAGGUUUAACACAAUGAAGGCUUGGAAUGUCAACUGGGAAGUUAAACAUAUGAUGGUCCAAUUUGAGGAAGGCAACAUCAUUUUUAGUUGUCUGUCGGCCGAUUGCAAGGUUAUUCACGAGUUCAUUGGUGGAUACAUAUUCUUAUCGAUGCGUUCGAAAGAAGCGAAUCAAAGUUUAAAUGAAGAACUCUUCCAUAAGCUAACCGGGGGUUGGUCAUAGUUAAUGAAACUUCAGAAGAUAUACAGGGUGUGGAAAAGAAACUUCUAGCAUU